AUGGAAGACUGCAUAAGACACAGAGCCAUCAACAGAGCUGCCUUCUUUGAGGUGGAGAUCCUGGACCUGAAGAGCAAAACCCAGUUGUGCUUCCUGGAUAAGGUGGAGCCCAAUGCCACUAUUGCAGAAAUCAAGAAUCUGUUCCAUAAGAGCUACCCCAAAUGGCAUCCAUCAAGACAAGCUUUGAAGCUGCACCCAGAAGGAAAAGCUCUGAAAGAUGAUGAUGUAUUAGAGGACCUGCCAGUGGGGACAACAGCCACAAUGUUUUUCCAGGAUCUUGGCCCUCAGUUAGGGUGGACAAUAGUUUUUUUGGCUGAGUGUAUUGGACCCCUCUUCAUCUAUCUGCUGUUCUACUAUCGAAUCCCAUACAUCUACACACAAGAAUACAACUACACCACCAGUCCCUAUAAAGUGGUCAAGCUGGCUUGUUUCGGUCACACUUUCCACUAUAUGAAGAAGCUGCUGGAAACAAUAUUUAUCCAUCAUUUUUCUCAGGGAACACUGGCUCUAAACACCAUGAUGUUGAACUGUCUGUACUACUGGGGAUUCGCAGCAUGGCAGGCCUACUACAUCAAUCAUCCUCUUUAUACACCUCCAUCCUAUGGAAAUCGUCAAAUCUACCCAGCACUGCUUAUGUUUUUGCUCUGUGAAACAGGAAACUUUUUCAUUCAUAAGGCUCUAAAUUGUAUCAGUUGUAAUGGAUCCAGGCCCACAGAGAUCCCUUACCCAACAAAGAAUCCUCUCACAUGGCUCUUCUUUUUUGUGUCCUGCCCAAACUACACUUACGAGGUGGGAGCAUGGCUUAGUUUCGCUGUGAUGACUCAGUGCGUACCAGUGGCAGUGUUCGCAUUUAUAGGUUUUGUACAGAUGACUAUUUGGGCGAGAAGAAAGCACAAAGCCUAUAUACAGGAGUUCCAAGACUACCCUGAACUGAGGACCGCCAUCAUUCCACUCUUCCUGUGA